AUGGCAGAAUUAGGUCUAGGACGCUAUCUUCAACAACAGGAGAUACAACAACACCAAAGACAACAAUUGACUCUUGAGUUACCACCAUUGUCAUUAUCGUCACCGCUUCAACAGCAACCCCCGCAACAGCCAGCAACACUGCAGCAACAGCAUGCAUCGUCACAGUGGCUGAUAAUCGAUGAAUCAGCUAGUGUAGCGUCUCCAAAUUCCCAAAUUCGAACUAACAGUAAUAACAAUGCAAUUCCCCAGCCAAUAAUAAAAGUUCCUUUCCCUCCGCAAGUGAACCCUGAAGAUUUAAUUACGAAACAAAGAAAGGGAAAGAUUCCCACAAAACCUCCAAAUGCAUUUAUGAUUUAUCGAAUGAAAUAUGUUGAAGAAUUACAUGCAAGAGGAUUUCGAUUACCGAUGCGAGAUGUCUCCGCUUCUGUUGCGAGUAGUUGGAAAGAUGAACCAGAAAUAAUAAUUGCGCAUUAUGAAGAAAUAGCAAGAGAAACGACAUCAGCCAAUCAAUCUGGAGGUUUUUUACGACAGAUGACUUUGCCACCAACCCCUUCGCCUUCUAUGAAUACAAGCCCAGUGAUAAAUCCACAUUAUGGUUCUUUAUUAGGUCCUUCAUCCUCACUCCGAUCUACCUCUCUUCAACCGCUGCAAAAUUAUUCCCAGCAGCAAAACAAUUUAAUCUCGUCUAAUUAUCAAAUGCGACUAAAUGAUCUUCCACCUUUGAAUACUGGACAAUAUCAAAAUUUUCUUAACGAUAAUACUAAUACUCAAACAAAUUGGGAUUAUUCCUCUACUACCCAUUAA